AGGACUGAGCUCCCUGGGGUUCCCUUGCUGUAAUCUCUACAGAAGCACAUUGCCAGGCCUUUCUUUUGUGGCGCCGUUGAGUGGGCUCCAGUUGCUAACCUUUUGGUUAGCACUUGUUGGUGUCAGGGGAAAGAGCGCAGCUGAGGAGUCUGCAAACCUGGCGUCUGGGCAGGCUCCCGAGAGUGUCCACGUCCCAGCGUGGGAGCAUCUGGGGUAGUUUCUAGUGUUGACACCUACCCCCACCCCUUCUGGGGUAGAGGGGUAGGCACUUCAUUUCACACCCAGGGGUAAACAGGAACUUUGAGGUGAAGGGACCUGUUGGGGUCCAUGGAAUCAGGGUUCAAGGAGGGCAAAGAUAACCCUGGUACCCAGGCUCCCCAGGACUUCUGUAUUCCUGACAGCUGUCUAGCAUUGCCUUAAAGGUACGCACAACAGCGAGACCCUCCUCCCCCUGGGCCCCCAGUGUGUCCUUGUUCCUGGGCGGGGAGGGGCCUGUGGGACAGCCAGCAGAGCAUGCCUAUCCCUAUGCUAGCCCCCCAACCCCCUAGCCCCAUGACAGCCUGACUGGAUCCCUACCCCCUGCUUCCUGCCUCGGGGCUGCCCCCGCCUGUCCCAGCCUGUUGAAAUCCUGUGCUAUCCCUCAGGGCUUGCCUGAUGGAAUAAUUGCUGGAACCCAACAAGCCCCGUUAAUCGAACACCUUCUUUGAGCUUCUGCAGGGAGCAAGCACAUUAUGGGGUUCCAGCUGGACCCAGAGAGACAAGAUACCAUCCUGGGCAAAAGGCCCUGAUAAUCCAGAAAUAACAUGUACACACCCAUCCCCCAGAGUGGCUCCCCAUUCCCAGCCUCUGUGCGGAAUCCUGGCCUGCAUGUAUGGCGGGUGGAGAAGCUGAAGCCCAUGCCCGUAGCACCAGAGAACCAGGGUGUCUUCUUCUCGGGAGACUCCUACCUAGUGCUGCACAAUGGUCCAGAAGAGCUCUCUCACCUGCAUCUGUGGAUAGGCCAGCAGUCGUCCCGGGAUGAGCAGGGGGCCUGCGCAGUGCUGGCUGUGCACCUCAACACCUUGCUCGGGGAGCGGCCUGUGCAGCACCGCGAGGUGCAGGGCAAUGAGUCUGACCUCUUCAUGAGCUACUUCCCACGUGGCCUCAAGUACCAGGAAGGAGGUGUGGAGUCAGCAUUUCACAAGACCUCCCCAGGGGCCACCCCAGCAGCCAUCAAGAAACUCUACCAGGUGAAGGGGAAGAAGAACAUCCGUGCCACAGAGCGGGCGCUGAGUUGGGACAGCUUCAACACCGGGGACUGCUUCAUCCUGGACCUGGGCCAGACCAUCUUUGCCUGGUGUGGUGGCAAGUCCAACAUCCUGGAGCGCAACAAGGCGCGCGACUUGGCCCUGGCCAUUCGGGACAGUGAACGGCAGGGCAAGGCCCAGGUGGAGAUUGUCACUGAUGGGGAGGAGCCUGCUGAGAUGAUCCAGGUCCUGGGCCCCAAACCCUCGCUGAAGGAGGGCAACCCCGAGGAAGACCUCACAGCUGACCGGACAAACGCCCAGGCCGCGGCUCUGUAUAAGGUCUCUGAUGCCACUGGACAGAUGAACCUGACCAAGGUGGCGGAUUCUAGCCCCUUUCCCCUUGAGCUACUCAUAUCUGACGACUGCUUCGUGCUGGACAAUGGGCUCUGUGGCAAGAUCUACAUCUGGAAGGGGCGAAAAGCUAACGAGAAGGAGCGGCAGGUGGCUCUCCAAGUGGCCGAGGGCUUCAUCUCCCGCAUGCAGUAUGCCCCAAACACUCAGGUGGAGAUUCUGCCUCAGGGCCGCGAGAGUCCCAUCUUCAAGCAAUUCUUCAAAGACUGGAAAUGAGAGCCUGCAUCUCUCUGCCCCUCACUUCUUGCCUGCUUUGCUCCCGCUCUGACGAAUGGUCAGUGUGGAUGUGCACCCUGCAGAUGUUCAAUAAAGGACGCGAAUGCUU